GCGGCUGUCCCGCACCCACCAUAGAGUUUGCCGGAAGUGGCCGCCGGAGCGCCGGCGGCGCGCGGGGCGCGGCGGGAGGUUGAUGCCGGCAAGAUGGCGGAGUCUGCAAACGCCACCCACGAGGCCAUCAAUGCCACCCUCCACACUCUGCUGGCUGCUACGACCAAGCUGGUGGCGCCCACACCUCCCAAGCCCAUCCUGCCAGUCCAGACUGGAGUCCAGGCACAGCAAGAGGAGCAGUCCAGUGGCAUGACGAUUUUUUUUAGCCUUCUUGUUAUAGCUAUUUGCAUCAUAUUGGUGCAUUUACUGAUAGAAUACCGGCUUCAUUUUUUACCAGAGAGCGUGGCUGUUGUGUCUUUAGGUAUCCUCAUGGGAGCUUUUAUAAAAAUCAUAGAGGCUCAAAAGCUGGCCAACUGGAAGGAAGAAGAAAUGUUUCGUCCAAAUAUGUUUUUUCUGCUUUUGCUUCCACCUAUUAUAUUUGAAUCUGGAUAUUCACUGCACAAGGGUAAUUUUUUUCAGAACAUUGGUUCCAUCAUUCUGUUCUCUGUAUUUGGCACUGCAAUAUCAGCUUUCAUUGUAGGUGGAGGAAUCUAUUUCCUGGGCCGGGCUGAUGUAAUUUAUAAACUCAACAUGACAGACAGUUUUGCAUUCGGCUCUUUAAUAUCUGCAGUUGACCCUGUGGCUACUAUUGCCAUUUUCAAUGCCCUCAAUGUGGAUCCUGUGCUUAACAUGUUGGUUUUUGGAGAAAGCAUUCUCAAUGAUGCAGUCUCGAUUGUCCUGACCAACACAGCAGAAGGUUUGACAAGGGAAAAUAUGUCAGAUGUAAGUGGAUGGCAAACCUUUCUACAGGCACUGGGAUACUUUCUUAAAAUGUUCUUUGGCUCUGCAGCGCUUGGCACACUUACUGGUCUUAUUUCUGCAUUAGUGCUAAAGCACAUUGAUUUAAGGAAGACACCCUCCCUAGAGUUUGGGAUGAUGAUUAUCUUUGCUUACCUUCCUUAUGGACUUGCAGAAGGGAUCUCUCUCUCAGGUAUCAUGGCCAUCCUCUUCUCUGGCAUCGUGAUGUCUCACUACACACACCAUAACCUGUCCCCAGUCACACAGAUUUUAAUGCAGCAGACACUGAGAACUGUUGCUUUCAUGUGUGAAACAUGUGUUUUUGCAUUUCUUGGCCUGUCCAUUUUUAGUUUUCCUCACAAGUUUGAAAUGUCCUUUGUCAUCUGGUGCAUAGUACUGGUUCUGUUUGGCAGAGCAGUGAAUAUUUUUCCUCUUUCCUACCUACUCAACUUUUUCCGAGAUCAUAAAAUCACCCCCAAAAUGAUGUUUAUCAUGUGGUUUAGUGGUUUACGUGGUGCCAUUCCCUACGCCCUGAGCCUCCACCUGGGCCUGGAGCCCAUAGAGAAGCGGCAGCUCAUCGGGACCACGACCAUCAUCAUCGUGCUGUUCACCAUCCUGCUGCUGGGAGGGGGCACCAUGCCCCUCAUCAGGCUCGUGGACAUCGAGGACUCCAAACCGCGCAAGAGGAACAAGAAGGACGUUAAUCUGAGCAAGACAGAGAAGAUGGGGAACACCAUAGAAUCCGAACAUUUAUCAGAGCUCACAGAGGAGGAGUAUGAAGCCCAGUACAUAAAACGCCAGAACCUCAAAGGGUUUAUGCGGCUUGAUGUCGAGUAUUUGAAUCCUUUCUUCACCAGAAGGCUCACUCAAGAAGACUUGCACGAUGGGCGCAUCCAGAUGAAAACCCUGACAAACAAGUGGUAUGAAGAGGUCCGACAGGGCCCCUCGGGGUCGGAGGAUGACGAGCAAGAGCUGCUGCAGCAGAGCGGGGCAGGAGUGCGGUGAGGGUGUGUCAGAGCCUUCCAGAGGGGAUCCAGUAUCCAGAGUCCAACUGCACACAAGCUGGAAAGCAAGGGAUGAAUUUUCAGGUUUCAGACGCAUCCUGUGCUACGUGUUUAGGUAAAAACCACGGCUCUGCUGUUACUGUUCAGGGAGGGAAACCCCACUUGUCGGGCACUGGAUGGCCUGAAGGAAGAACCCUUCGUUCAGACUUUACUGCAUAGCAAAUUCCUGCAGCCUGUUGAAAAGCUGAACCAUCUGCCAUGAAAUGAUGACAUUGGUUAAUGGAAGGGCUUUUCCCAUUCCAAAACCUGCUGUGACCACACACUGCAGUCCAAGCCAUUGAGUGGCUCUGCAAAACAGAAGAAAUUGCACUUUACCUUUUAAAUAUAUAUAUAUCCCUUCACAGCAUGAAGAGUCUUGACAGUUUAUACUGUGAAUUUGUUUCAGCACUAGUAAGGGAAUCUGACUGGAAUAAAUCUAUGAUUUAUGGGAUUUGCACAUUACAAACCCAGAGAAGAUGCAUACCUUGACAAAAGCAGAUGUUGCACAUACAAGGAAGCACCUCUGAAAACAUAGUUUUGUCACUUAAGAAAGUCUUGAUUUCUAUUUUAUGGGAUUUCUUGUUUUUAUACUGAGGGAUCUAAUCCACAGUACUGAUUGUAGCAUGGUUUGGGGGAAUGUGGGUACUGUGACACAGUGCAGAACUGUGUUUGAAAGUGUAGUUUCUUUUCCUUGGCUAAAGCCAGUUGCAGUUGGGUUUCUGUAAUUGGCAGUUACUCCUUGCUGGCACUUUGGCUUCAAAUCUUAAAAAAAGAGCAGCUUUUCUAUUUCCUAAUUCAUGUAGUGUCCCUAACACUCCAGAAUUCACCAGUGGAAUUUUUAAACUUUUGUGGAAGCAAAAGCAGCACGUACACGGGGAAGAAGAGUCUACAAAACCUAAUCCAAGUACAGAAAGGUUAAUAUUGCACAUGGCUGAAGCAGCCUCAGUCUGGGAAGUGCCAAACAGCUUCCUUUAAGCUGUCCCAUUUGUUAAGGAGAUUUGUCUCUUCUGCCUACACCGUUUCAGAAUCUGUGGCAUCACUGCAUUUGUUCUCCACGGCCCUGUGUUUGCUCAGCAUUGCCAACACCUGAACUCACAUGUUUGUUGCACAUUUGCCAUGGUGACACAUGCAGCAGUUUGCUCUCACUGCCAAAUUCCUCCCUGGUCAUUUGCAUAUCCACUGUGGGGAUGGGAAUUGUAGUUCAGCACCCAAAUCUGACGUGCAAAUGCAUAUGUUUGUUUCUGAAAGUGUGAGACUUACUUUUUUGGUCUGGUUUUGCUACUGAGGUUUUUUAACCACUGCUUACCUGCUGGGAGAAUAAAAGUUAAGAAAUGUAUUUAGAAUCCUGA